AGUUCCCCGAACCAUAUCUUCCACUUCGCACGUUACACAGCAAGAAGGACAAAAAUCCACUUCCUAAUUCCAUCGUGCAUUUCCAUCUGUGCGUCUCCCACUUCCACCGAUUAAAAGAUGAUCAACUUUGCUGACAUUUUUAUAACUUAUCUCACUCCUUCCAUACGGUACUGUGUCUCUCCGUUUUCAGCUACCUUCGCUUGGCCAUCUUUAUGGCUUCUGCUACUAUCUCAUACCUCCCCUCAACCUUAUCUGAUGGCAAUUUUCACCGGAGGAGUAAUUUCGCGUUUUCGCGGUUUAGUUCUUCCGUCAUUCAUUUUCCGGUUUAUACUGGUUUUCGCAAUUCGAAGCCCAAAGGGUACUCUUCUGUGAGAUGUCAGUCAAUUGAUGCUGAUGAGAGGAAGUCAAAUAGAAAUCUUCUAGAUAAUGCGAGCAACCUACUUACCCAACUUUUGAGUGGGGGGGCCAUUGGGUCCAUGCCUACUGCUGAAGGUGCAGUCUCAGAUCUGUUUGGCCGGCCUCUCUUUUUUUCACUAUAUGAUUGGUUCUUGGAGCAUGGUGCUGUGUAUAAACUUGCAUUCGGGCCAAAAGCAUUUGUUGUUGUAUCAGAUCCCAUAGUUGCAAGACAUAUUCUGCGAGAAAAUGCAUUUUGUUAUGACAAGGGAGUACUUGCUGAUAUCUUGGAACCAAUAAUGGGCAAAGGACUCAUACCUGCAGAUCUUGAUACUUGGAAGCAAAGGAGAAGAGUCAUUGCUCCUGGUUUUCAUGCUUCAUAUCUGGAAGCUAUGAUCAAAGUGUUCACAACUUGUUCAGAAAGAACAGUGUCAAAAUUCCAUAAACUUCUUGAAACAGCAGAAAGCAAUAAUGAAUGGAAGUCAAUUGAAUUGGAUCUCGAAGCAGAGUUUUCUAGUUUAGCUCUUGAUAUUAUUGGGCUUGGUGUUUUCAACUAUGACUUUGGUUCUGUCACUAAAGAGUCUCCUGUCAUAAAGGCAGUCUAUGGCACUCUUUUUGAAGCUGAGCAUAGAUCCACUUUCUACAUUCCAUAUUGGAAAAUUCCAUUGGCUAGCUGGAUAGUCCCAAGGCAAAGAAAGUUUCAGAGUGAUCUGAAGAUUAUUAACAGCUGCCUUGACGGGCUUAUCAGAAAUGCGAAAGAGAGCAGACAGGAAACAGAUGUUGAAAAACUGCAACAAAGGGACUACUUAAAUUUGAAGGAUGCAAGUCUUUUGCGUUUCCUAGUUGAUAUGCGCGGAGCUGAUGUUGAUGAUAGGCAGCUAAGGGAUGACUUAAUGACAAUGCUCAUUGCUGGUCAUGAGACCACAGCUGCAGUUCUGACAUGGGCAUGUUUCCUGCUAGCGCAAAAUACGAGUAAAAUGAAGAAGGCUCAAGCAGAGGUGGAUUCAGUGCUGGGCGAUGGAAGACCAACUCUUGAAUCACUUAAAAACCUACAGUACAUUAGACUUAUUGUCAUAGAGGCUCUUCGAUUGUAUCCCCAACCUCCUUUGCUGAUUAGACGCUCUCUCAAGUCAGAUGUGUUACCCGGAGGAUACAAAGGAGCUAAAGAUGGUUAUGCCAUUCCAGCUGGGACCGAUCUCUUCAUAUCUGUAUAUAACCUCCAUAGAUCUCCAUACUUUUGGGACUCUCCUCAUGAAUUCGAGCCAGAGAGAUUUUUGGUGCAAAGAAAGAAUGAAGAAAUUGAAGGAUGGGCUGGCUUUGAUCCAUCCAGAAGUCCUGGAACCUUGUAUCCAAAUGAGAUUAUGUCAGAUUUUGCUUUCUUGCCGUUUGGGGGAGGACCUAGAAAAUGCGUUGGAGACCAAUUUGCUCUCAUGGAGUCCACUGUAGCUCUGGCUAUGUUGCUGCAAAAUUUUGAUGUGGAAUUAAAGGGGAAUCCUGAAUCGGUGGAACUAGUUACUGGGGCAACCAUCCACACAAAAAAUGGGUUGUGGUGCAGACUGAGGAAAAGAUCUCACUCGCAUCAUUGACAUUCUUGACGGUGAGCAUUAUUAUGAAUGUUGUUGUAUAUCAUUCUUCUUUCCUGUAUUAAAGAAGACGAAAACAUAGGCACUUAUACAGUUUAAAGAAUUCUCAAGUACCUUACCGCUUUGCCAUUGAACCUUUUUACGUAUAGCACAAAGCAAAACAGGAACAAUUCGUAGUUCAGUAAAAGAAACAGAGUGAUGCUCUGCAUUUACAAACCAACUCUUUUCUUUUUAAUUUUUAUAAAAUAUGUGAUCCCUUAUUUAAAUA